CAUUUUAUGAUAUCUUAAUAAGAAACCCAUUCUGUCAUUUGCACUCUCAGUGUUUGGUAGGAGACAUUCACAUUCUUCAGUAGCUUGUCAUCAGUGCAGGAAAUGACAUCAAGCUGUCUCUCUCUCUCUUUUUCUCUCUCUCUCUCUCUCUAUCUCUGUCUCUUUGUCUCUGUCUCCCUCUCUGUCUCUCUGUCUCUCUGUCUCUUCUGUCUCUCUGUCUCUCUCUCCAUCCCCUCCCCAAUUGUUCUGUUUUCUAGUACAAGGACUCACACUUUAGUCUAGCCUUGAACUCAAGGCAAUCCACCUACCUCAGCCUUGUGAGUGUUGGGAUUGCAGGUAUACACCAUCUUGCCCAGUGAAUUUUGUGACUCUCAUACAUACCUUUACUAUUUCUGAGUUAUUUUUAAUAGUGCUGUGACCCUUUUCUAGCUUCUAGAUGUAGAUACAUUAACUGAUUAGAAGGUUUUAUUUUUAAAGAUUUAUUUAUUUAUGUACAUGAGCACUCUGUUUGCGAGUGUGCCUGCAUCUCAGAAGAGAGCUUCAGACAGAAGAGGGCAUUGGAUCCCACUACAGAUAGUUGUGGGUCACCAUGUGGUUGCUGGGAAUUGAACUUGGGAGCAAUGGAGAAGCAGCACUCUUAACCACCAAGCCAUCUCUCCAGCCUGAUAAAAAAGAUUUUAAAUUUCAUUCUUUUUGUGUUUGUUUGCAUCUUUCUUCUUGAGAACACUGUGAUGGAAUGUCCAAAUGGUAAUUAGUGGCGGUUGGUAGAAGGAGCCAUAUGUGUGAUGCUGCCAUAUGUGUGAGGGGCUGGCAACAAGGUGCAGACCCAAGACCAUGGCCCUGAGCACUGAGGCUCGCCUGCUGGAUGUGGGCUCUCAGCCCCAUCAAGAUGCCUUCAGGUGAGGACAGCAGGUGGUGGCUUGUGCCCUGCUGAGCCAGCCUAGGAAAGUGGCAACCACAAUCGCCAUGUCCAAGCCUCCAGCCUGGGGCACCUGGAAGCUCAAGCUGUGAUGCCCGCGGGUUUUUCGUGGUGGACCUGGAGGCCUGAAGAAGCUGCCCUCGCAUCAAAAGAGCCUUGAGAGGGGACUGACUUGCCUGGUUGGAUCCCUGAGUUCCGCACCAUGGGCUUCCGCGUGUCGUGCCUCCCGGUGUUGCCUGCACCUUGGAGUGGGCACACGUGUCCUUCCCACCCCGCCCUUCGACCUCGCCCCAGCCGGGACUCAGGGCACGCGGAGCUCGUGGGUGAGCGCAGGGCCUGAGGGGACGGGGCGCUCGCGUUAUAUUUGGCGCCCGCAGCAGCGCGUGUGCCUGGACGAGUUUUCCUUCCUCAGGCGCCUGCAGCCAGGGCGCCUCCGCCCAAGCUGACUCCUCUCUCUCCCUCUCUGACCCCGGCAGGCCCCAGAGGUGAUUCUGCCUCCACGAUGUCCUCCUUCCUGGAGGCGAGCUCUUCGCAGGCGCCACAUCGCGAGCAAAAAGAGAAAGAAAAAAAGAAAAGAAAAAGCAGAAGGAGCGGCCAGGGAAGGGGGCCUUAGCGGCGUUGGGCAUCAUCUCGGCCACGGGAGGGCGCCCUAUGACAGCGGCGGGGUUUCCAACAGAGACUACAGCCUCGCAGUGUCCAAGGAAGAAGCCCAGGCCAGCCCUGCCAGGGGACCUUGAGGCAUGGAGCUCGUGGGGACCCCUAGCCCAACCUCCGGUCUGGUCCCCAGGAACAGCAAGCAGCAAGCAGCAAGCAGGGCGGGCUGCAGCCCCAGAGCAGCAGAAUCAAGGUUUUGGUAGGAAGGCAUCAUCCCAAAAUGUCAUUAGUAAGCAAGAGGAGUGUCUAAAGGAACUGGAGGAACUCAAAUUUGAAAUCCAGAAGUGUCAAUUCGAGAGGGAUGAACUUUAUCAAAUCCUGGAUCUUUAUAUCUAUGAUGAGUGGGACCACAGGCUGCAUGUCGAAUUGCCAGUCCUUCAAUCUGAACAUGAGAUGAGAAUGAUGGCUAUGCAAAUGAUGACCAACUCAAUAAGUGAUGCCAUGGAGAGGUACAAGGAGCUCAUACAAUUGAACAGUUCCUACCGCAUCAGGCACUCCCAGCUCCUGCGUGAACAAGCUCAAUUGAAGAACAAUAUACAGAUUUUGCUGAAUGAGAAGAGAGAACUGCUGGUGGAGCAGACUGAACUGCCAGCAUCCUCUGUGGAGACAAAGAGGCUCUGUGAAUAGGCCGGAAUGAACAUCUGUGCCCCCAGUGCCACGCAACAGCAGGUCUGAAAUUCUCCAGCAGAAACUCGAACAUGACACAGUCCAGGACAAGAUCUCCCUUGGAGAGAAGUGCUACAGGAGGAGUACUACGUGUGCACAGCAAAUACACCACUAUUGCGUCUCACCUGUAAUGUCCAUAGCAAUUGUGGGCUGCAUUUUCCUCCUUUAGUUUGAUUUCUUUGGAUUGAAUACGCUGUAUUUUCACCUUGCCUCUCUCCAGCAAGUGUACACUUUUUGAGGGACUCAGAGAAGUGCUGAUGCACAUCAAUCAAGAGCUGCUGGUCAUCCAGAAAGACUGUGCACGUGUAAAUUUGUACUUGUCCUGAUGGGUCAUCCAGAAGAGUUUCGUGGAGAUCAGUUCACAAAAUUGGAAAGACUUUGUGACAAAGUGUGUAAUAUCAUUUAUACUCAGUGUUGGAUGGCUUUUACCUUAAUACCUCCACUCCAACAAAACAGACCUACUUCCACUCCUCUUGAAAAGAUUAUUACCAUCACUAACUGCUUGUCUACUAUGUCUCCAAGGCAAGCCACAGGCUAUAAGUCUAUUCUGCAAAAGGAGCAGCAAAAAAUGCUUAGUGCAAUUCCUCUAUUUAAAGUAUGGUUAAUUUUUAAUUGUUUUGGUUAUUUGGUUUUCCUUCUAUUCAUUUGAAGAUUUGUAAUUUAUCUGUUGUUGUUGUUUUGUUCAUUUGCUUUUCUAUUUUGAUAAGGAUAUAGACUGUAUAUAUUGACUACCUGCAUCUGGUUACUAUCAAGUAAAUUGGAUGUAUUCUGGUCAAUAAAGGAGUAAUCUCAAA